AUGCCCUCCACCACCACCACCCCCUGGCAGAUGUCCUCCACCACCACCACCCCCUGGUCUCCACCACCACCUCGUGACGGGGACCGUUCGCCACCACCUGGUGACGGAUCUCGUCCGCCACCACCUCGUGACGGGUCCCGUCCGCCACCACCACGUGACAACGAGGCACCUGAACUCUUCCGUCGCAAUUCCCCUCCGCCACCACCUGGUGACGGAUCUCGUCCGCCGCCACCUCGUGACGGGUCCCGUCCGCCACCACCUCGUGACGGGUCCCGUCCGCCACCACCUCGUGACGGAUCUCGUCCGCCACCACCACGUGAUGGGUCCCGUCCGCCACCACCACGUGACAACGAGGCACCUGAACUCUUCCGUCGCAAUUCCCCUCCGCCACCACCUGGUGACGGAUCUCGUCCGCCGCCACCUCGUGACGGGUCCCGUCCGCCACCACCUCGCGACGGGUCCCGUCCGCCACCACCUCGUGACGGAUCUCGUCCGCCACCACCUCGUGACGGGUCCCGUCCGCCACCACCACGUGAUGGGUCCCGUCCGCCACCACCACGUGACAACGAGGCACCUGAACUCUUCCGUCGCAAUUCCCCUCCGCCACCACCUGGUGACGGAUCUCGUCCGCCGCCACCUCGUGACGGGUCCCGUCCGCCACCACCUCGCGACGGGUCCCGUCCGCCACCACCUCGUGACGGAUCUCGUCCGCCACCACCUCGUGACGGGUCCCGUCCGCCACCACCUCGUGAUGGGUCCCGUCCGCCACCACCUCGUGACGGAUCUCGUCCGCCACCACCUCGUGACGGGGAUGGAAAUUAA